AUGCAAAGAAGAAAAGAAGUCUUACGGUAUUCUUCUAGUUUCUUCCUAAUCUCAAGCAGGAGUUCGUACUGUAUUGAGUCCGGGUCUUCUGCAGUUUCUGUCCUCUUCUCUGGUAUCUUCCAGCUGCUGUUCAAGAUCUUGGAGCUCAGACUGAAGACUACAUUCCAGCCUGAUCCUAUUUCAAGUAAAACUGUUCUCAUCGUGAGCGCAACUUUCAAGAUCUCCUGGUGCCAUCGCCCUUUACCUUUCAAUAAGACAGACCCCUUGGGUUUUGUCGCAUCGGUUUAUGGGAUCAUAUUCUCUCUUUCUGAGGCUCAAAAUGCUUUUCGAAUAGCAUUAAGUCGCUCUUUCGAAAACGUGGGCGCCCAAGAGAGUUUACGGCGAUCGGCUGCCUCGAUGACGAUGCUCAAGUUCGUGUAUGUAGACUUUGGCCCUAAGGAUCUCUAUUAUCGCAUAGAGGCCGAGCCGGCCGCUCAUAAGCUCGAACUGACUGAAGAAUUUCACCUGGCCCAACUAAACAAAAGUCUCACUUGUCCGAGUGACAACAGAUUGCGGAAAAAUUAUUUCAACCACGUGGCUGGAACGCCCGAAACGGUAAUGCAGCGACUGAGGGAUAUUGAACAAACCCUCAUAUUGCGGCGUAUUGAGAGACUUGUCGUCAGAUCCGAACAACUCCAUUUGAAACGAGAGGCGGAGAGCAACAAAACACAACAAGCGGUAGCAGAGAUUGACCAAGCUCUAUCACUAUACAAGUCACAUAUGUUGGCGAAAAUCAGCUCAUUAUCUACAGAUCUUAAGGCUUUGGACGGAACCGAGUCGUUUCUCUAUUCGUCAUACCAAAGCAAGGGGCCGAGGAUGUGA